AUGGGUACUAUGGACAUUUAUAUCUGCCAUAAAGGGGAAGUUUUUAUCAAAACAACACAUGUGACCAAUGAGUCUUUUGAGACCACAUGCAAUGAAGUGGAUAGACCUAAUAAAGAAUCUACCAACAAAGUUGGUGAAGGUCUCAAUGCACCUUUAGGUAAAGAAAUAACACUUAUUGAUGGUAGAAAUCAAAUUGUCGGGGUCCAACAAUCAAAUCUAAUAGAAAAUGGCAACAGAAACACAAAUGAAGCUGAAGAUGAAUUGAAGUUUUCUAGUGAAGAUGAAGAUUUGGAGGAAGAUGAAGUAGAAACUAUUGUGCAUAGUGAUGCUGAAAGUGAUGAGAAUGUUGACUUUUCUAGUGACGAGGAUGGUUAUGGGAAUCCUGGUUUUGAAGACAUUGAUAAACCCAAGAAAAAUUUAACUGGUAAGCUAGUAGGUGAUGAGCCUUUUUAUGACAGUUCAGAUGCCGAUAGUUUUGAAAUUGAAAGUGAAAGUGAGGGGGAAAUAGAUAUUGAAAGAUCUGAUAUUUUAAGGGCAAGAAAGAAGAACACGAGGGUCUCAUAUGAUCCAACAUGGAAAAAAGUUGUGUGGCAACUUAAUAUGGUAUUUGAAAAUGUAAAAAAAUUUAGAGAAGCUUUGAGCAAGUAUGCAAUUGAGAGAGGUUGUCAACUGGAUAAGAUCCACAAUGAUCAAAGAAGGGUCAGAGUAAAAUGCAAAGCUAAUGGCUGUCCUUGGAUACUUUAUGCGAGCAAAGAUUUCAAAUCUUCCGAUUUCAUUAUAAAAACCUACAAUCCUAGACAUAAGUGUUAUAGGACCAAGACCAACACAAUGUGCAACUCUAAGUUUUUGGCUAAGUACUAUAAAAGUAGAAUUGUUUCUCAACCUUGCAUAAAGGGAUGGGAAAUACAAGAUUUGGUCAGGACAGACAUGGGAUUGUAUGUUGGUAAGUUCGUGUGUUUGAAGGCCAGAAAAAUGGUGUUGAAAAAGAUAAUGGGUGAUCAUGUUGCUGAGUUUAGUAGAAUCUAUGACUAUAGAGAUAUGCUUCUUGAAUCAAAUCCAGGAAGCGCUUGUGUGGUGAAAGUGACAAAUUGUGAUGAUGGAAAAAAACUCUUUCAUUCCUUUUAUAUUUGUUUUUCAGCUUUGAAAAAAGGAUUCAUUGAGGGUUGUAGAAAGUGCAUUGGGUUAGAUGGUUGUUUUUUGAAGGGAAUAUCUAAAGGCCAACUACUUGUUGCUAUUGCAAAGGAUGGGAAUAAUCAGAUGUUCCCAAUAGCAUGGGCUGUUGUUGGAACUGAAAGUAGAGAAACUUGGACUUGGUUUUUGAGAAUCUUGAAAUCUGAUUUGGACAUUAAUGAUGAAGGAGAAGGAUUGACUAUCAUAAGUGAUAUGCAAAAGGGUAUUGCUACAUCACAAGCAUCUGCCAGUAGUAAAAGAAGUGGCAAGCAGAAAUCUCACCCCACUCAAGCAGUGCAACAAUCUCAAGCAAUAGUGCAAAGUGACAGUGGUAAUAAAAAAGGUGCAAAUAAUGCAUUUAAGAGGCCAAGAGUAGUGGGUCAUGGAGUAUUUGUGAGCAAAGAUGGUUUUAUUUGUGCCGAGCAAGGAAGAUCUAUUAGUAGGGUAAUCAAGAGUGGAGCACAAGAGAAACUGAUAAGUUCAGCUAUUGUCACCAGUGACCUUGGGUAUGCACCAAGUAAAGGUCUUAAAUGGAAGGGGAAAAGUGCUAUCACAGGAAGACAACUUCCACAUAAAAGUGCUUUGCUUAGACGGAAGAACAUCAAGUCACAAACUUCAUCACAAGGUGCAACAAGAACUGAAGGUGUUNUUACUAUCUCAUGA